AUCUCUCUCUCUCUCUCAUCAGCCGAUCGCGUGAACACCACGCGCCGCCGAAAUCUUCACUAUCAAGCUCUAAAUCCACCGUCAUGUCAACGACUUCCUCCUUACGUGCUCGACUAGCUUUCGUUGCUUUACUCUCAGCGACGACUUUUUACUGUAUCCAUAAAUACCGCCGCUUGAAACGUCUGAAAAACCUCUCGUUAAACCCUAGCUCUACCUCGAAACCCAGCAGAGGAAAGAUCUUCUUCAUCUCCCAAACUGGUACAGCUAAAGCCUUAGCUCAACGGCUACACGAGCUAUGCGCAUCUAACGACAUAGCAUUUGAUCUCGUCGAUCCACGGAGCUAUGAACCUGAAGAUCUCCCCAAAGAAACUCUAGUUAUAUUCAUCACGUCGACUUGGGAUGGCGGGAAACCGCCUAAGAACGGAGAGUUUCUUGUGAACUGGCUUGGUGAGAGCGCUGAAGAUUUCCGAGUCGGCUCGCUUCUUCUCUCCGAUUGCAAAUUCGCUGUUUUCGGUGUCGGGAGCCGUGCCUAUGGGGAAUCGUAUAAUGCUGUGGCGAAGGAAUUGUCGAGUCGGAUGAUAGGAUUGGGUGGACUCGAGAUGAUUCCUGUGGGAGAAGGCGAUGUUGAUGACGGAGAAUUAGACAGAGCAUUUCAAGAUUGGUGUACUGGAGUUAUUAGGAUUCUGAAGGGAGGAGGAUCUGCUCAAGAAACAAAUGGGGUUUCGCAGCAGAUUGGUGCUGUUGAGAAUGAUCUUGAGUACUACGAUUCAACAGAUGAUGAAGAUGAAGACAAUGAUGCUGAUGGAGGUAUUGUUGAUCUUGAAGAUAUUGCUGGAAAAGCUCCUUCGAAGAGAAAUGGCGUAGUUAAAGUGACUAAAGUUGAUGGAAAGAAGGAAAUGGUGACCCCUGUGAUUAGAGCAAGCUUAACGAAGCAGGGCUAUAAAAUAAUUGGUUCGCAUAGUGGGGUUAAAAUAUGUAGAUGGACAAAGUCACAACUUAGAGGCAGGGGAGGUUGCUACAAGCACUCCUUUUAUGGCAUUGAGAGUCACAGGUGCAUGGAGACAACACCUAGUUUGGCUUGUGCAAACAAAUGUGUCUUUUGUUGGAGGCAUCACACCAAUCCUGUGGGAAAGAGCUGGCAGUGGAAGAUGGAUGAGCCGUCAGUGAUUGUGAAAGGUGCUCUUGAUCUUCAUACAAAGAUGAUUAAGCAAAUGAAAGGAGUUCCAGGUGUGACUCCAGAGAAAUUACAAGAAGGUCUAAACCCAAGACAUUGUGCGUUAUCACUUGUUGGUGAGCCGAUUAUGUAUCCGGAGAUCAAUGCUCUUGUAGAUGAGCUACAUGGAAGGCGUAUUUCUACAUUUUUGGUUACUAAUGCACAAUUCCCUGAAAAGAUUUUGAUGAUGAAGCCUAUCACCCAGUUGUACGUAAGUGUAGAUGCUGCCACCAAAGAGAGCUUGAAGGCCAUUGAUAGACCUCUCUUUGCUGACUUUUGGGAACGGUUUAUUGACUCCUUGAAAGCUCUCCAAGAGAAGCAGCAGCGAACCGUCUACCGUUUAACACUUGUCAAAGGAUGGAAUACAGAGGAGCUAGAUGCUUAUUUCAACCUCUUCAGCAUUGGGAAACCUGAUUUCAUCGAGAUCAAAGGCGUCACAUACUGCGGAUCCUCUGCAACAUCAAAGUUGACAAUGGAGAAUGUACCUUGGCACACAGAUGUUAAAGCAUUCUCAGAAGCUCUGUCUCUGAAGAGCGAUGGGGAGUACGAGGUUGCUUGCGAGCACGCCCAUUCUUGUUGUGUUCUUCUUGGGAGAACCGAAAAGUUCAAAGUGGAUGGAAAGUGGUUCACUUGGAUUGACUAUGAAAAGUUCCAUGAUCUGGUGGCUUCUGGAGAACCGUUCACGAGCACAGACUAUAUGGCUCAAACACCAUCAUGGGCGGUUUAUGGAGCACAGGAAGGUGGGUUUGAUCCAGAGCAGUUACGUUACAAGAAGGAAAGGCAUCAUCAUCCUAAACCACAGGCGGUUUUAGCUUAAGACAGGAGUAAGCUAAGCUUUUUUUGUUUUUCAUUGUCGUCUUCGUACUAAACCACAGGCGAUUUU